UUCUCCAAUGAAGGAUGAAGUUCACAGCCAGAAACAGCGGAUCGAGAGCGAGUUUUGCAAGCUUUAUAACUUCCUAUCUGAGGAAGAGGAGCGACUCCUAAAGAGGCUGAAGAAGGAGGAGCGAGAGACCCUAAAGAAGCUUCACUCCAAUCUGGAUCAGCUCUCCAAACAGAGCUCUGCACUUAAACAGCUGGUCACAGAAGUGAAGGAGAAGAGCCGGCAACCAGCAUGCGAGCUUCUCAAGGAUGUGGAAAACACAUUAAGCAGGACUGAAAAUGUGACUGUGCAGAAAACAGAAGUGGUUCCCACUGAACUGAAGUAUGUCUAUAACAUUCCUUGCAUCGACAUUAUGGAAAUCUUAACAGAGUUCAAAGUGAAUGUCACUCUGGAUCCAGCCACAGCUCAUCCCAGACUUGUCCUCUCUGAGGACAGGAAGACUGUAAAACAUGGAGCAACACAGCUGGGGUUGCCCCACGACAACAAUCCUGAGAGAUUCGAUGCUUAUGUCCUGGUUCUGGGCUCUGAGAGAUUCACCUCAGGGAGGCACUAUUGGGAGGUGGAAGUGGGGGACAGCCCUGAGUGGGACCUGGGUGUUUGUAGGGAGUCUGUGAGCAGGAAGGGGCAGGGGGCAAUCUUCUUCCCCAAAAGUGGGUUCUGGAGAUUGUGGCUAAGGAAUGGAGAUCAAUACAAGGCCCUGGUUUCCCGCCCGAUUGUUCUCCCUUUGGGCAUGAAGCCAAUUAAAGUGGGGAUCUUCCUGGACUAUGAAGAAGGCGAGGUUUCAUUUUAUAAUGUGACGGAGAAAACCCACAUUUACACAUACAUUGGGACCUUUUACACCCCUUUGCGGCCUUUCUUUAGUCCAUGCCGCCAUGGUAAAGGAGAAAAUGUAUACCCUUUGUCUAUCUGCCCAAAGGAGGAAAGUGUGAGAAACAAGAAUCAAAGCUCUGUCCAGGAGUCAAAUCCCUGAAAAUCAUUGAAAUGGGGGCUCCUCCCUCCAUGAAGUACUAGUUUGGUUCAAAGGCUAAACAGGAGGCCUUUUGCUCCCUAAUGACACCAGCAUCCCUUACUACUAGGCUUGUCAGUUUCCUGUGUGGAGUUGGGAUUUCCCACCCUUGGUUCCUGUUACCAACCAUUGCUCAGAUAGGUGGCAGAAGGAAGUGCCCAGGCAAAAUGAGGGGGCAUAAUUGACAAGAUGAUACUCUAGCAUUUGGCAAAAACUCUAUGGUUAAAUAACUGAGUUUUAGGUUAAUAUGUCAUUUCCCCCCUCCCUGCCAGUGUGACGACAUUACUUCUGGGACACACUGGAAGUGAAAUCAUAGUGUCAAGAAUGUCAGCCUCCUACACUCAAACUGGAAGUCCCCACUUCCCCAUCUAGGAUUGCCAACCUACAGUUGGCACUUGAUCUCCCACUAUUACAUUUGAUUUCCAAGUGACCAAGAUCAGUUCCGCUGGAGAAAAUGGCAGCUUUGGAGGGUGGACUCUAUGGUAUUAUAUGCUGAGGUCCCUUUCCUCUCCAAACCCAGGGCUUUUUUUGUAGCAGAAACUCCUUUGCAUAUUAGGCCACACACCCCUGAUGUCAUCAAUCCUCCUGGAGCUUACAGUAGGCCCUGUAAGCUCUUGGAGGAUUGACUACAUCAGGGGUAUGUGGCCUAAUAUGCAAAGGAGUUCCUGCUACAAAAAAAGCCCUGUCCAAACCCAAGCUCCACCCCCAGAUAUCCAGGAAUUUCUCAACCCAGAGCUGGCAACCCUAGUUUGUAGGCCAGCACAGCCCCCUUCAUUAAACAGAUUGCAAUUCCUGGCUUCCUUUAAGACAGAAAUGCCAGCUCUUGUGGCAGUGCCCUCUUCUCUUCUCCAACUAAUGUGCACAUAUAGACAACCUCAACAAAUAGGAAAGAAUGUUAGGCCUGAUAUCCAUUUGUAAGCAUAAUCAUUUUCCCUUUGAGACUUCAAUGCGGCCAAGCUGUUCUUCCAAACAAUCAUUCUACCAUCCUUUCUCUUCUUGUUUCUUAAGAAUCAAGAGCUGUAUGCCCUCAAGUUUCUAUGACUACACACUGGUAAAA